AUACCAUAUGAUAGAGAAAAUGUACGUCAUGUGAUUGUGGAUUCUUUUUUUCGCACGAAGCAGUCACCUGUCGGCCGAGAAAAAUACAAUUACGCCUGCAAUUAGACAGACAAAAAAACGUGCAAGAUGGCGCCACAAAUACGCACAGUCGUAACACAAACAUUUCUAUGGCUCUUCCUCGCCGCCGCCACCAUACUUAUUCUCUACUUUGUUAUGACUGGCAAGGGCGAACGCGUAAGCGUUGGCUGGUUCCUGGCCUCCUCUAGCCCGUACAUGUGGGCCUGCCUAGGCAUCGGUCUAUCCGUCUCCCUGUCCGUUGUUGGCGCCGCCCUUGGCAUACAUACCACGGGCACCAGCAUUGUGGGCGGCGGCGUUAAGGCGCCACGCAUUAAGACCAAGAAUCUGAUUUCGGUCAUCUUCUGUGAGGCCGUCGCCAUCUACGGCCUGAUCACGGCCAUUGUGCUCUCCGGCCAGCUGGAGCAGUUCAAAAUGGAAUCGGCGCUAGCCAGCGAGAGCGUCAUGAACCAGAAUUGGUUCUCGGGCUAUUUGAUUUUUGGUGCAGGUCUUGCCGUUGGCCUGGUCAACUUGUUCUGCGGCAUUGCGGUCGGCAUUGUGGGCUCCGGCGCUGCGCUCUCGGAUGCAGCGAAUGCUGCGCUGUUUGUCAAGAUUCUGAUUGUCGAGAUUUUCGGUUCGGCCAUUGGACUCUUUGGCCUGAUUGUGGGCAUCUAUAUGACAUCCAAGGCCAAAAUGGGCGAUAAGGAUUAAGUGGACGCAGCAGACCGCUCGCAAAUCGCAGUCUAUUGUGUCACGCGCCCCAUCAACCCGCAACAACAACAAAAACAACAUUUAUCAGUCACCAAGCCAUUCCGACAACUAAAAACACAACAACAACUGUGUUCCUUCGUUUUUUUUUUUUUGGAAAUUACAACUCGUACGCAGUUACAGUUUCAGAAGAUAAUCCUAGCCUACGCUACGAACACGACAACAUGGGACUUUAGUUACUUAAGUUGAAAAGUUAAAUAUUGCAAAUUUUUACGCUGCGCACGUUUUUCGUUUAUUUUCAGCAUCAAACGUUGAAUGUGCGCCGUGUAAAAAUUACGUUAAUUUGUUUUUAAUAUAGUUAACAAUUUGAUAUGCAUGUGUGCAAAUGACAAACGUGUGUGUUUAUGAUCUAAGUAUAUAGUGUAUAGAUGUUUAUAUUAUUUGUUCAAUUUUGGCACACUUGUAUUUCUUAAACAACAAAAAAUGUAUUAUAUUAACUACAACUACAAAUAAUAAAUAUAAAACUGUGUAUUUUAUGCUACUGUUAAACCAGAAGUUAUAGAACUGCACACACAA